CAUUUGCAUUCAAACAAAUUACAAAGAGUUCUGCUAGCGUAGGAGAUGAAUUAUUCCUAGGAGGGGAAAUUCGCGAGCUUUUUUCUUGUAUUAUUGCUUGUCUAGUUGCACAGAUAUGUCGACUAUGGAUACACUUUCGACGUUUUUGCAGAUUACUUGUGCAAUUAUUGCACAUAUGUUAUUACCUACGAGUUCCGGACAAUUAACAGUGGACUGGACAACUUUGCUGUUCCUGAAAGCAGGUACCACGGAGAAUCCAGCGGCAUUAUGGGAUACUCCGGCAAGCUCAUACAGCUCAGGUACCAACAAGUCCGUUUAUCAAUUGAUAAACAACGGCUCCGUCGCCUACCGAAACAAUCUCAUCGACAGCUGGGCUACGUCGGGAAUGCAAAAGAUAAGAGUUUCCUACAGAAAUGCCGAUGGAAGGAUAUUAUAUUCAGCUCUGUUCAAUGCCUCCGGAAAAUCGCAGAAUAACUGGUUCCAUAUUUCACAAAUGCAAGAUCCCAAAGAAGUAAAAGAAUGCGACCGGAACAUCGACCACAAUAGUUACUCGGCGCAGUUCUCUUUCGGCGACAGCACCCUGGGCGUGUCCAGGUAUCGAGCUGCUACAAUACGGAUGAUGGAUGGCAACAGUGCAUUCAUUGUGUCCAGCUCAGAACAACCCAAUUUCCUACCAAUGACCCCGUACCCUGAGAAUUCUAGCUGCCAGUUUAGUGGCGAUGUGAGCAAUCCUCUCCUCAUCAACAUCACCGUAUCGAACCUAACCAGGACCCAUUGUGCGGCCGUGUGCAGAGAAAGAAACAAACCAUAUGCUGCCGUACAUGGAACCCUAUGUGGAUGCUUGAUGGUAAAGCCUUCGACAUCAGUUGUUGAUGGAUGCAACAUUUCGUGUCCAGGCGCACCAACAGAAACUUGCGGAGGGCAGACAGAGUACACUGGUUAUAUCAGAUUCAACCUUGUUAACACCGACAUCAAUGCAGCACUGUUUGACCAGCCCUUGAAGAAUGGCGAGUUAUUCAAUGUGACCGGAUCUAUAAAGAAAAACUUCAUGCCCAUGCAAAUGCUGUACGCUUUAAACGUGACGUCACCUAUAACGUUUGCCAGUGAGUUACAAUUUGACGUGCUCAUCACAAUAGCUGACACCGUCUGCAAUGAAAACAACACAUCCAACUUCACCAAACUAAGGACUGUUACUUUGAUAAACGAGACACAAUUCUUUAGUCUGCAACUCGAGCCCAUCGUUGUCAAGUGUCUCAGCAUACAGGUUUUCAAUACGAAUUCUCUAACACCGUAUACUGACGCCGUCAACUUCGUCCCUGUUGUUCUAGCUGAUCAUCUUUUCGUUAGAGCAAAGUUUCUUACAAUCGAGGCGGGAUGGUACACAGUGGAGGUGAACGAAACACAAAACAUUGUAGGCUCCAAUCUAUGCGAGUGUCAGUGCUGGGUUUACAACAUGCUGUACGGAAACACUCCAUUUGACAACUUGACCUACGGUGAAAUUGAAAAGGCUCUGGAAAAUAUCACGAGAAAGAUACAGGAAGAGCUAUCUGUCAACAAGUCCGAGCUGUCGUCAACGAUACGAAAGUUAACGAGCGCCAAAGACGACCGAGUCACAGCCGUUGCUAUGGGUUACACUCUGGGCGUGGCAAUGUUGGUGACCACCCUUGGAGCGAUUCUUUUAGCAGACCUUCCAAAAGUUAUCAAUGGAUUCAACAUCCUACGGAAAAGCUUGCGCUCAAGGUUCCGGCCACAGAAGUCAACACAAAGUAGCAACUGACAAGCAAACACAAAAAUCAAGUCGAAAUGACAAAUCUUAACCCUCAAUUAAUGGGUCACUAUAGUAAACAUUCUAGUUUGGGUAAAUGUGAAUCGUGAUUAAGCAUUGGCUGAAUGAUUACAUUUAGAAAAUAUGCACAAACGCACAGAUUAUGCUUGUACCGAAUUAGAAAUUAAACGGAUAACUUAUAGGGGCGCUAUCACAAAAUUUAUGUAACGCAUUAAUAUAUAUAUAUAAUUAUUAUGUAGAAAUAAGCUAGAAAACAGGCAAUUUAAACAUACAUUCGUGCGAUAUUACAUAUGUAUAAUUUAGCAAUACAUUAUACUUUAUAAAAUGGUAUUGCUAUUUCAAUAUGUCUCAAACACAAAAGUUUGGAAGCUCGUCGUUUGUUAUAUUUAUCGGAUGACAGACACAUUAAUGAAAAAGAAUCAAUUGAAGAAACGUAUCGGACACCAAGUUAAUUGCAGCAAGAAUGUUUAAUUUAGCAUAUUGCUUAAAAUUGAACAAAUUACUUCAUUAAAACAAUCACACAGCAGGUUGAGGAUUGGCCACUGACGAGCAACACAGCAUGUAUAAAUGGUCGAAUCAUUCCAUCGAGACGUAAAUUGAUGUGAAAUAUACAUAAGCUUAUAUUUAUUAUUAAAUAAAAUAGAAUUGUGCCUAUUUACUUAUUUAUGUGUAGAUGUUAUAUCAUAAGUUUACGGGAGCGAGCAUUAAAAAUUGUUUACUGAUAUGGUGAUUUGAUUGAUUUGAUUAGUUGUAGUGUUUAUUUAUUUACUAUAUUUUGUAUAAGCAUUGCUACGAUUCGUAUGUUAUCACAUUGUUUAUUGUUGUUUUUGUUUCAUAUUGUAUCGUUUAGGAAAUAUAUUGUAUUCAUUUACAUUAAAAUAUAAACACAAA